CUCUCCUGGGCUUCCGCAGCCAUUGCAUCGGGAGGGAAGGAGGGCGUGUUGCUGUGCGAGGGAGAAAGGCUUGCUUGGGCCUCGGAGGGCAGUGCCCUUCCCGCGCCCCAGAAGUGAAGCCGGGCAGAGAACGAGAGGGAGGCCCCCGCCCACUCCCACUCCUCUCGGUGUCUUUGGAAGAAGAGCCGAGGGGCUGUGGCCGAGGCGGAAGUGACGGCCCUUUCACCUGCUGGGCUCUGAGGGAGAAAGAGAGAAGCGGAGGAGGAGGGGAAGCGGGUUGCCUCUCGCUCCGCGCGGAGACUCAACUUGGAGUCGCUGCUGCGCGUCGCCUUGAGUUGGGGCUGCCUCUGCCAUGGAGUCGCUACGGAGCCUCUUUCUGCUCCUGUUGGCAGAUAUUGCAAGUUCAGGGCUAUGGUUUCCUUGACUGAGAGCACAUCUACACUGGCUCAAUGCUAUGGAAUCACGGGAGCUGUAGUCUUGUGAAACGUCAGCACUUUUUUUGCAAAGAAGGCAAAAAAAAAAAAGAUCUAGCUAGUGGCGUAACAAUCACUUCAACAGAUCAGACCAUGGUAACAAAGGCCCAAGGAGAGAAAGUGACACUAUUGUGCACGUAUGCUCUUGCAGCAGCAGAUGAAGGCUCACUUGACAUUGAAUGGGUUAUAUUACAACCAAAUGAGGAACAACCAGUAAUCAUGUACACUAUGGACAGGGUUUAUGAUCAGUAUCAAAUGACUGGACGAGUACAAUUUGUCAGUCAGAACCCAUCAUCUGGAGAUGCUAGCAUUGAUAUCCUGAAUUUAAAACCAGCAGAUACUGGCACAUAUCAGUGUAAAGUGAAAAAGCCUCCUGGUAUUCAAACCCAUAGAGUUCAGCUAACAGUACUUGAAAAGCCCACAAAGACCAGAUGCUAUAUUGAAGGAUCCCAGGAGAUUGGAACAGAUGUUACUUUGAAAUGUAAAUCUCAAGAAGGCACACCUGUCAUAAACUACUAUUGGACAAAAACUACUGAUACAAGAACUGCUGCAGAACUUCCAGCCACAUCAUCACAGAAUCCAGAUACAGGUGUUCUUUUGAUGAAAAAUGCUUCCCAUGUCCACUCUGGCACAUACAAAUGUGUGGCUUCAAAUAGAGUUGGAACAGAUGAAUGUUCUGUUAUACUGAAUGUCACCCCCCCUGUGAACAGAGGUGGUAGAAUUGCUGGAGCUAUUAUAGGAUCUCUUCUAGCUAUCGUAUUAGUUGCGUUAAUUAUCUUCUGUUGUUUCAAGAAACGAAGAGAAAAGAAGUAUGAAAAAGAGGUACACCAUGAUAUCAGGGAGGAUGUUCCUCCUCCAAAGAGUCGUGCUUCAACUGCCCGUAGCUAUAUAGGGAGUAAUCGGUCCUCUUUGGGUUCAAUGUCUCCUUCUAAUAUGGAUGGAUAUGCCAAGACUCAGUACAACAAGGUACCGAGUGAAGACUUUGAACGUACUCCUCCUCAAAAUCCAAAUUAUGACCCUCCAAAGGUAGCAGCACCUAAUCUAAGUAGAAUGGGCGCUAUUCCUGUGAUGAUUCCAGCACAAAGCAAAGAUGGUUCCAUAGUAUAAUGUGGCAGUAAUUUAUACCUCAGCAGUUUAGUACAAACAUUGUUCCUGUUCUACACUUUUAUGUAUACAUAGAAUUGAUUUUGAGCAUCAAGAAGUAUGCUUGGUUCACCACCUUUGUAUUAACUUUUGACUACGUACACUAAAAACUGAAGCUUUUGAAAGAAAGAAAUGUCAUUGUUGACAAAACAUAAAACAGUGGCGAUAUUUAAAUUCCAUGGGUUGAAUAAACCUGUAGAUUUUUUGUUUUGUUUUGUUUUAAAUAUUAGGUGAUAUGAAUCUAUGAUAUGAAGUGUUUGUCAUUACAUUUUUAGAAUGAAUGAAGUAUAUCCAAUACCUGUUACAGUAGAAGAAAUGUUUUGUGUAAAAAGUCUAAAAAGAUGAACUUAAAUUCUUGUGUUAACAAUUCUGAAUUAAUUUUCCUCAACAUUUGAAUUUUUAAAUGAAUGAUCAGUUAUAGUUAAGCAUGCUGAUUAAGCACAGUUGAAUUUGAGCUUAAUUGCUUAUCAUUUUCUAGCAGUGGUCUCCCUCUUACAGGAUAACUAUAGUUUUUGUAUCACCAUGCAGCAUGUUCUGAGAACAUAACAUUUCUGUUUCGGUAGAUAAUGAUGUGUGCGCAAAGAAAAACACAACAUAUAUAUUUUAAUUGCCCAUCUGACCAAAAGAAGAGAAACAAACAGGAAGAAAACUUAAAAUCGUUUCCCUAAAUUAACAUUUGGGAUCAGUCCUGCCUAGACAGACUGAUUGGAAUCAACUUGGUUGCAGUAUUUAGUCUUCUGAAUUAUCUUGAAUUAAUUUGGCAUCCAUGUAUAGAGCUAAUCUGGAUUGGUCUUUGAUUGAUAAAAUAAUAGCACUAUUAUGCUGGAAGAAAGGUUUAAUAUUUUUAUGUUGUGCCAUUUUUGGUUGACUGAAAAAGUGGGGCAGGGGGGAAUCCACUGCUUCCUGAAUAUCGUCAAUGGCUUCCUCCAAAACUUUUUGAAGACUUUUUAAAAUAAUUAAUUCUUCCCAUUUGUAUUCUUAAAUGGUUUUUUAAAAAUAAAAACAGGGGAUACCUGGAAUAUUAUAAAAUGAAAUGCCAACUGAAUUUAAGAUUAUCAUCUAACCUGUUCACUUUGUAAAUAAUCAAAGAGCUAGGAAGCUGUUUACAAUUAAUUUGUAUGAAAGUGUCUCCACUUUCCCCCAUUUCACAAAUGUAGAAUAUCAGUUGUAGAUAUUUAUACCUCCAUUGUAAUUAAAUAUUAGUUUGUAAAUUUUUCUCCCAUAUUAGUAAAGUACAAUAGCUGCAUUACUUAUUCCUAUAGUUUGAAGACACUUGGAUUAUCUGUGUGUGUAUAAGAGUGAAAACAUUGGCUGCAAAUACGUCUGAUUUUCUUAAAUUGCCCAUUCUGAAAUUUUCACAUGUUAGAAUAAUGCUUAAUUUCAGAUCAGGUCAGUUAUGUAGAAUGUGUAUAUACCCAUACUGCUAAUGUAGAUAGUACUGUAUAUUCAAUUUUAAAUGUGUAAAUAGUUCUCAUUUAUUGAGAUGUUCUAGGUAUCUGACGCUCUUGGAUAUAAGCUCUACCUUUUAUUUCUUUUUUCAUCUGUGCCUUUUGAAUAAACUUUACACCUGAUUGUACAUUAUGUUUCAACUUUGAAAUAUCUUGGUGCCUGGCUUUACUUUUUCUUAAUGGUGCUACAAGAUGAAAUUAUAAUUUUCAGUACAACUCUGUGACUUAAUCCCUUUUUACUUGAUGUUUAAUUUUUCUUACCAAUGUUUUGGAUGCUGUUUAAAUGACUGCAUAAUGUCCUGUAUUUCAAAAUGGUUCCUUUUUGUGUUUGUUCCUAAUUUUUUCAUGAAGCUUGAUAACUAUUCCGUGUAAAAUGUAUUUAUCUCCCCCCAGCCAGCUUUCAAAGUACUGGAAUGCUAUAUGAAUUAGAUUAAAUUUGCCUAGUGACUGAUGGCUAUUGAAAAGAAGAUAGUAGAUAGAUAAUAAAUAUGAAAUGUGCUGUAUGUAAGACAAAUUUCUCUAAAUAUUUAACAUAGUAGAUUUGCUCUAGCUCUACUUUUUUUUUUACACACAUACUGGUACUUGGAACCACUUUCAAAUAUUACACAGAAUUGGGUGGUUCCAUUUUGCAUUUCAAAUUUCUGGUUGAGGUCUUAUGUCUCGUAUAUUCACCUACCCAAAUAAUCCCAGACUGACAUCUAGGAGACCCCUGUGUUAAACCCUGCUUUAUUUCACAAUGUGAUGCUAAAUUUUCUAUAGAUGAGAGAGAAUUUAAUGUGAGAAAAUACCUGUACUCUAAAGUGGUACCACAUUGCAUAAAGGGUAGACUGGCUCUCGUUGAACAACUUUUCAGAAGUACUAUGUUUUGUGCUUAAUGAAGAUGAAGUGUAUCUAUGUGGCAUUGCCCUAGUGUUCUCUGCAUCUAGUAUAAGUGGAUAAUAUACACAGUUGUGUCAAGUACAGCAGUCGGGAAAAUGUCUGAAAUGUUUACAGCUUGUCACUUCACAUGAAAAUAAUAAAUGGAUAGAAUGAAGGAUAACCCACUGUGCCUCCGAAAAACAGCUCUUGGGCUUUGGAACUUUGACAAUGUCUACUUGUUUAUAAAAUUGCAUGGUUUUUGUAGUAAUAGGAUCUGGCAUAACAGAUCUGUAUAUUUUAAGUAAGAACUCACUUCGGACAGACUCUGCUUCAAGCAUUUAACUUGUAGACCCAACCGAAUGACUAAAUACCAGUCUGAAGGACAACUCAAUAAGAUUCCAAAAUGUCAUUUUUAGAAAAAUGUCAGAUUUCCUUCAGGCUGAGGGUGCCCCCAUCUUCUGUUGUUCUAUUAUAUUUUGUUAUAUUGUAUUGUUCUGGGCAUGGCCCCAUGUAAGCCGCCCCGAGUCCCCGUUGGGGAGAUGGUGGCGGGGUAUAAAUAAAAUUUAUUAUUAUUAUUAUUAUUAUUAUUAUUAUUAUUAUUAUUAUUAUUAUUCUGUUACUGCUUUGACACAGCAAGCAGCUGGAAAAUGCAACAGUCUUGCAUUGGUAAAAUGAGAGAGGUUGUGACCUUAGAUGGCACUGUGUUGAAACUGCUAAACUUUCCUCCUUACCCCACAUGGUGGUAGAAGUAGCAUGAUCAAUUUGUUGGUAACCACUUGCCAUUUGUGUCCUCUCUCAUUCAGAAUGAUGUCUCUGAUUCAUUGAGAAAUUGUUCAACAGUUGCUCAUGGAGUUGCUGAACAAGGUUCAACUGAUAGGGAAGGAUUUGCUCAGUGUGGAAGUGCUGUUAUUUUGUUAAAAUGAUUUUGACUUUUUUGAACAAGCACUGUACAAAUGAAGCCAUUAGUUUAUCUAGAAGUAUUAAUAAUGUCCAAUUGCAAGCAGUGGGAAGAGAGCAUAAAACACAGUCCUUAUUGGCAAGAAAAUACCUCAUAUAGCAAUAAUACCCAAGUCAAAAAUCUCUUAAGAGAGCCAGUGAAAAUCAGGUCCACCUAUAGGGUAGUGCAUGUGCAUUAGUUCAAUAUUUUCUUAAUAUUGAUCUUCUAUCUUAAAUAUAAAUCACAAUCUUAAUGUCUUUAUGGCUUACCAAAAAUGGAAUCUAAUGUGAAUGUGUAGAUAUUUAAUAGCAGCUAAAAGAAGACAUCACUAUGACAUUUUCUUUUAUUAAUAAUGAUUUUAAAGGGAUUCUUUAUUAAAAUUAGAAUUACAAUAAACUAUUCAUUACAGUAAAUAGCCAGUUGCAUUUUAACACUAGCUUUUCUAGUUAUGGUGGUACUAUCUAUAUUGUAGCUGUUAUGAAAAUACUUCUUUUCUUAGCACUUGAAACUCUCUUCCUGCUAAGACUGUUGAAUUUUUUAGAGCUGAAAAUAAAGGCCCGCAUACCAUUGAGACCUUCCUACUUUGCAUUCAUUAUUUGGGUGUCUUAGGUCCUGGCUGUGUUCAUGCAAACUCAGCAAUUGGAUCUGUAAUAGAGGGCAUUCAUGAGACAUGAUGAUGAUAUUUGAUUUGGUAGUGAAUGCAGUUUUCAGAUAUUUGAAAUGCAUGCAUUGGCAUUUGUAGGACAAGUUAAACCGUUGUAGUUUCAUAACUUAUGCACUACUUGAAAUAAAGUUAUUAGCAAAAACAA